AUGUUCGUCAGAAAGAGAGAUGGACGCCAAGAACGUGUCCAGUUCGACAAGAUCACUGCUCGUGUCUCGAGACUGUGUUACGGUCUUGACAUGGACCACGUUGACCCCGUGGCCAUCACUCAGAAGGUUAUCUCCGGUGUCUACGGAGGUGUCACUACCGUGCAAUUGGACGAUCUUGCCGCCGAGACUGCUGCAUACAUGACCGUCACACAUCCCGACUAUGCCAUUCUUGCCGCCCGCAUUGCCGUCUCCAACCUCCACAAGCAGACCAAGAAGCAAUGGUCCGCUGUUGUGAGCGACCUCUACCACUAUGUGAACCCCAAGAACGGACGGCCGUCGCCCAUGAUCUCCAAGGACACUUAUGAGUGCGUCAUGCGACAUAAGGAGGAGUUGGACUCUGCCAUUGUCUAUGACCGCGAUUUCCAAUACCAAUACUUUGGCUUCAAGACUUUGGAGCGAUCAUACCUCCUCAAGAUUGACGGUAAGAUUGUCGAGCGGCCUCAGCACAUGAUCAUGCGUGUGUCUGUUGGUAUCUGGGGUGAUGAUAUCGAGCGAGUCUUGGAGACAUACAAUCUGAUGUCCAGCAAGUUCUUCACGCAUGCUUCCCCCACGCUCUUCAAUGCCGGUACCCCUCAGCCCCAAUUGUCAUCAUGCUUCUUGGUUGAUAUGAAGGACGACAGUAUUGAGGGAAUCUACGAUACUCUCAAGACCUGUGCCAUGAUCUCCAAGAUGGCUGGUGGUAUUGGUCUGAAUGUGCACCGUAUCCGUGCUACUGGUUCAUACAUCGCUGGUACCAACGGUACAUCGAACGGUGUUGUUCCUAUGCUUCGUGUCUUCAACAACACUGCUCGGUAUGUCGACCAGGGCGGCAACAAGCGACCCGGUGCUUUUGCCAUCUACCUCGAGCCUUGGCACUCUGAUGUAUUCGAUUUCCUUGAUCUCCGUAAGAACCACGGUAAGGAGGAGGUCCGUGCCCGUGACCUUUUCCUUGCCCUUUGGAUUCCUGAUCUUUUCAUGAAGCGUGUUGAAAAGAACGGUGACUGGACACUGAUGUGCCCCAAUGAGUGCCCUGGCCUCGCCGACUGCUACGGAGAGGAGUUCGAGGCUCUGUACGAAAAGUACGAGAGGGAGGGCAAGGGUCGCAAGACCAUCAAGGCUCAGAAGCUUUGGUACGCCAUUCUUGAGGCCCAGACUGAGACCGGAAACCCAUUCAUGCUCUACAAGGAUGCUUGCAACCGCAAGAGCAAUCAAAAGAACCUCGGUACCAUCCGAAGUUCCAACCUUUGCACUGAAAUUAUCGAGUACUGUGCCCCCGACGAGGUCGCUGUCUGUAACCUUGCCUCUCUGUCUCUGCCCUCCUUCAUCAACUACGAUGAGGCUUGCUACGACUUCAAGAAGCUGCACAAGGUCAGUCAGGUUGUUAUUCGCAACCUGAACAAGAUUAUCGAUGUGAACCACUACCCUGUCCAGGAGGCUCGCAACAGCAACAUGCGCCACCGACCCAUCGGUCUUGGUGUUCAGGGCCUUGCCGAUGCUUUCCUUGCUCUGCGUAUGCCCUUCGAGUCACCCGAGGCUCGUGAGCUCAACAAGCAGAUCUUUGAGACCAUUUAUCACGCUGCCCUCACUGCCUCCGUGCAGUUGGCUAAGGAGGAGGGCCCCUACUCCACCUUCAAGGGUUCUCCCGCCUCUGAGGGUAUCCUCCAGUUUGACAUGUGGAACGUCAAGCCCUCUGACCUCUGGGACUGGGAGACUCUUCGAGAGGAAGUCAAGACACACGGUAUCCGUAACAGUCUGCUCCUUGCUCCUAUGCCUACUGCCAGUACUUCCCAGAUUCUGGGCAACAACGAGUGCUUCGAGCCCUACACAUCCAAUAUCUACCAGCGCCGUGUUCUCGCUGGUGAGUUCCAGGUUGUCAACCCCUGGCUGCUCAAGGACCUUGUCGACAUGGGUCUGUGGUCCGAUGCUAUGAAGAACCGCAUCAUUGCUGAGAAUGGUUCCAUUCAGAACAUUCCCAACAUCCCUGCCGAUGUCAAGGCCCUAUAUAAGACUGUUUGGGAGAUUUCUCAGCGCCAGGUCGUCCAGAUGGCUGCUGAUCGAGGUGCCUUUAUUGAUCAGUCCCAAUCACUGAACAUCCACAUGAAGGACCCCACGAUGGGCAAGAUCACCAGUAUGCACUUUGCAGGCUGGAAGCUUGGCCUCAAGACUGGCAUGUACUACCUUCGUACACAGGCUGCUGCUGCUCCUAUUCAGUUCACUGUUGAUCAGCAGGCUCUCAAGCUUGCCGAUUCCAAUUCGGCUCAGAUCAAGCCUCUGAAGAAGCGUGCUCCUCCUGCUGGUUCAAGCUACCUCAUGUCCUCCCCCUCAACUAUGGGACGUACUGAACUUAACGGUAGCAGGACUGGCUCCCAAGACAGCGGUUUGAAUGGCAAUGCGGCCAAGGGCCUGAAUGGUACUACGACGGUACCCGGACGUGCACCCACCAUCAAGGCUGAUGUUGAGGAGGGUGACAGCCCUAAGGCUCUUCCCACUGAGCCUGCCGAGAAGGUUCAGGAAGAAGAGCUGGGCAUCAAGAAGAAUCCUCAGUCUGAGGAUCAAGACAAGGACAAUGAGGAUCGUGAGCGCGAUAUCUACUCGGAGGCCGUCCUGCAGUGCAGCAUUGAGGAUCCCGAGUCCUGCAUUAUGUGCAGUGGUUAG